AUGACAGACGACAAAAAAAAGAAACUUGACAAAUUCGAUGAUGAUGGGAAACAAGAUUCAACUUAUAGCAAAGUAACCGAAGAAGGGUUUAAAGCAGCCAGUAAAGUUUUAGGGAAUAUUCCGAUUCUUGGUUCAGCUUUCGGCUUUCUUUCUUUUGCUGCUGACCGAGCCAAGGACGCAAGAAUACAAUCGCAAAUUUCUGGCUUGGCUACCAGUAUUGGAGACCUGAGAGAUGGCUUAGAUGGAUUAAACGCUGAAAUGGAAGCCCAAGGAAACCGAUUAGGUAAACAUAUCGACGGUGUCAAAUCCGAACUCCAAGGAGCUAUCAAGCAACAAGGGGAAAAAUUUGACAAGGAAAUCAAAAACUUAGACGCCAAAAUAGGUCAAGCCACCGGCCAAAUGAAAAAGGACUUGGAAAAAGAACGCGAAGAACGAAAAAACGCCAUGGCUCAGCAAAAACAAGAAUUAGAAAGCCAAAUCCGCGAAGUCACCAAACAACUCACCCGAGCCCAAGAAAAAUUACAAGAAGAACUGCAAGACUUUAAAAACGAAGUCAACGAACGCUUCGAACAACAAGAAAAGAAAAUCCUGGAAAACAAGCGUAAAAUCGAGGAGGAAAAACGCCAACGAGAAGCGGAAAUCAAAGAAGUAAAAGACAAAAUAAAAAUUACUACUACUAACCUAGAAAACUUACGGCAAGAAAAGGAAGAACUCUCGGACAACUUCGAUAAAUACAAAAGCCAAAUUAACCAACAAACCGCUGAAACUCAACAGGCUUUCGAAGAUACCCAAGCCGAAUAUCAACGCAAAACUGCUAUCUUAGAAGAACAAAUUAAAGAUAAUGAGGAAAUAAUUGAGGAAUUUCAAGAAGAUUUAACCAACACCAAAAACGAGCAAAAAAAACAGAAUAUCCAAAUCUCGGAAAUCACCGAGGACUUACAAGAAACUAAUGACCUUCUUCACGCUCAACAACGUAAAUUAAACUUAGUUGCCGAACAAAUGGAAGAUAUCCAAGAAGAAGUUCACUUAAAAAUGGAGCAUCUCUCGCAAAAAUUAGAUGAGCGAACCCAACAAACUUUAAAUGUCGCCCAAGAUGCUACUAAAAAAGUUGAUAAACUAACUAAGGAAGUCCAGAAUAUUCAUAAAGAAAUGGCUAAUUUAGAAGAGCAAAUUCAACAAAACAAAGAAGACACCGAACAAGCCAAAAAAGAAGCCAAACUUGCUAAUGAACGAUUGGAUAAUUUAAUUAAAUCCCAACAACUAACUGAUUACUCCGCCCAAGAAUCUAAAAUAGAUAAAAUCCAAAAAUCCUUAGAACUAAAAGCCGAAGAAGCCAAGUUAUUAGCCACUUUAAAUCUCUUAAAAGAAACUAAAAACUUAAUUCGCUUAGAAGAAGUUAAUAAAGUCCAAGCCCAAGUUUUACAACAACUCCAAACUAUCCAAGCUGAAAUUAACCAAGAACUAACCCAAGCCGAAGAACAACCGAUUAUUACUAAAACUAAACCCUCAGCCUCUUACCAAUUUAAAGUUAUUUCGGCUCAAAGUAAAGUCCAAUUAAAAGAAAAAAGAUUACAACAGCAAAAACGGGAAGAACUGGAAGCUCGAACUCGGCAAAAAAAUGCCGAAUAUCAAGCCCAACAAGAACCGACUCCCACUAAGAAAAAAGCCGCUCAAUUAGCCGAAAAACAAUUCGAACAAGCCCAAGCUGACACUAAACAAGCCGAGCAAGACUUAGACCAAGCCCAAGCCGAAUUAACCACCUUAGAACGCGACCAGGAAUUUGAAGAAGAAUUGGAGCAAGCGGAAGACCAAAUUGCCGAAGACCACAAAGAACAGUUAGAAGAACAAUGA